GGUCUACUUGUUGAGGAUAUUGAAAAAGCCACGGCACUUGAAGAGAGAGAGAGAGAGGUUAAGGAAGAAGGUAGUGGCAGAGAGUGAUGGCUGGUGGAGGGUUACCAUAUGAGAGGCCACUCAAAAGGGCUCAUCUUUAUGAGCACAAGUUCACUCUUUACUUUGCCUUUACUUGUUUUGUUGGAGCUCUUGGUGGUUCUCUUUUUGGCUAUGAUCUUGGUGUUUCAGGUGGAGUGACUUCCAUGGAUGAUUUCCUGAAGGAAUUCUUUCCAAAAGUGUACAGAAGAAAGCAGAUGCAUCUGAAAGAGACAGACUAUUGUAAAUAUGACAACCAAGUGCUUACACUUUUUACAUCAUCUCUUUAUUUCUCAGCACUUGUUAUGACAUUUGGUGCUUCCUACUUAACAAGAAAGAAGGGCAGAAGAGCCAGCAUCAUAGUUGGAGCUCUUAGCUUCCUCACUGGCGCAGCUCUCAAUGCGGCUGCCAAGAACAUUGUCAUGCUAAUCCUUGGCCGGGUCCUUCUUGGUGGAGGCAUUGGUUUUGGAAACCAAGCUGUUCCCUUCUAUCUUUCAGAAAUGGCUCCAGCAAAAAACCGAGGAGCAGUGAACCAACUGUUUCAGUUCACAACCUGUGCAGGAAUAUUAAUUGCAAACCUUGUGAACUAUUUUACAGACAAAGUCCAUCCUUAUGGAUGGAGAAUAUCCCUGGGUUUGGCAGCUUUUCCAGCAACUCUAAUGCUUAUUGGGGGGAUCUUGUGUGCUGAGACACCUAACAGUCUUGUGGAACAAGGCAAAUUAGAGGAAGCAAGAAGGGUAUUUGAGAGAGUUAGAGGUACCAAGAAUGUUGAAGCUGAAUUUCAGGAUCUUCUUGAUGCCAGCAGAGAAGCACAAGCUGUGAAGAACCCAUUUGGGACACUACUCAAGAGAAAGUACAGGCCCCAACUAGUGAUAGGUGCCCUAGGAAUUCCAGCAUUUCAGCAACUCACUGGCAAUAACUCCAUCCUCUUUUAUGCUCCUGUCAUAUUCCAAAGUUUGGGAUUUGGCUCUAAAGCAUCACUCUUCUCAUCUUUUAUUACCAAUGGUGCACUCCUUGUUGCCACAGUGAUCUCAAUGUUUUUAGUUGACAAGUUUGGUAGAAGAGCAUUCUUUCUGGAAGCUGGUUUUGAAAUGAUAUGCUGCAUGAUUGCUACAGCUGUGGUAUUGGCUCUGGAGUUUGGACAUGGCAAGGAACUGUCCAAAGGCAUCAGUGUGUUUCUAGUUAUAGUGAUUUUCUUAUUCGUUUUGGCAUAUGGAAGAUCAUGGGGUCCACUGGGGUGGUUGGUUCCCAGUGAGCUCUUCCCAUUGGAGAUCAGGUCAGCAGCACAGAGUGUUGUUGUGUGUGUCAACAUGAUCUUCACUGCGCUUGUGGCACAACUCUUCCUCAUGUCACUUUGCCACCUCAAAUAUGGAAUCUUCUUGCUGUUUGCUGGCUUAAUUAUGGGAAUGAGUGGCUUUGUCUUCUUUCUCUUGCCGGAAACAAAGCAAGUUCCAAUUGAGGAGGUUUAUUUUCUUUUUGAAAAUCAUUGGUUCUGGAAGACAAUAGUUGGACAGAGGGACCAAGGGGUACCCAAUGUGAAGCCUGAAGCUGUUUGAGAGCCUUUGAACUUAAUACAUUUAACCAGUCUAAAAUUUAUUUGGGUAACAGGAGAAACAAAAGUAAAAAAUAUUUGAUGAGAAGUAUAACGGUAAAUAUAUCAAUACUUUUUAAAAAAUUUACCUUUUCAUUUAUUUUUUUAUUUUUGAAUCCUCCAUAUGCAAGCAAAACUACUUGUUAGCAUUUUUUGAUAGUUACAUUAUCAAUAUAAGCUUUAUAUCUUUCAAAUAUGGUUGAUUUAUAUUUAUUAUGUAAUAUCUUUCUUCAAACGAGAAUUACCUACGAAAAAGACAACAAUGUAGAACCAGGAGGCCAACAAUUUAAUAACGGUAUAGAAGUAAUCACAUCAAUGUAAUAUUGGAAUUGUGAAUAUACAAAGGAACAAAAACAACGUAAUGGAUAG